GCUACCGGCGAGAUGCUCUGACUAGUGCUGGCAGCUUGGCGCCGGGUCGGGAAGGAAUGGAGCGUGAGGAGGGAGACGACACCCCUGAUGGUGCGAAUCGUAGAGGUGUUAGGAACUGCAGAGCGUUUAUUUGUGGAGCCCAGAACUUCAAGCUGAAAGAUGUUUUGACGUGGCGUUUAGUGAAGACGGUCGGAUUGGGUCAGUUCUUGUCCGUGCUGAUCUGUGGGACGGCUGUGACGAGCCAGUAUCUGGCAGAAGCUCAUGUGGAGACUCCGAUGCUCCAGAGUUUUUUCAACUACACCCUGCUGCUCCUGACCUACACGGUACCUCUGGCUUUUAGAAGAGGUGAUGGAAGUAUUUUACAGAUCCUGAAAUCAAAGUGGUGGAUGUACUUGCUGAUGGCGCUGACGGAUGUCGAAGCGAACUACACCGUGGUGAAGGCUUACCAGUUUACCACACUCACCAGCAUUCAGCUGUUGGACUGCUUUGUGAUCCCGGUGCUGAUGGUUCUGUCCUGGUUCUUUCUGAAGACCCGUUACAGACUUGUGCACUUCGUAGCUGUGGUUGUGUGUUUGCUGGGGGUCGGGGCCAUGGUGGGAGCCGACCUGCUAGCUGGAAGAGACCAAGGCUCGACCUCUCAUGUUUUGUUGGGUGACGGGCUGGUGCUGAUCAGUGCUUCUCUGUACGCUGUAUCUAACGUGUGUCAGGAGUACACAGUGAAGAACCUGAGCAGGGUGGAGUUCUUGGGCAUGAUGGGUCUGUUCGGGACCCUGAUCAGUGGCGCCCAGAUGGCUGCACUUGAAACCGAAGCUGUCAGACUGAUCAGCUGGGACAUGAAAAUAUGUCUGUUCUUUGUUGCCUACGUGCUGUGCAUGUACGGUCUGUACAGUUUUAUGCCAGUGGUGGUGAAGAUGACCAGUGCCACUGCAGUUAACCUCUCCCUGCUGACCGCUGAUCUCUUCAGUCUGUCCUGUGGCAUCGUGCUUUUUCACUACAAGUUCUCUGUCCUGUACAUUGUAUCGUUUGUGAUCAUCACCGUGGGCUUCAUCACGUUUAAUGUCGUACCCACCUACGCCAGGGCUCCGCGUGAAGCCGCCGAGAGCACUUAUCAGAGCGUGGCUACAGCUGAGGUGCUUCGGGUUGAAGGAGGUACCAUGCUUGACUGGAAGCAAGGUGAAGACGAGGAGAAAUGUAACCAGACAGCAUGUAAUCACACAGAACCGGCCACUCGGCUCUGUACACAGAAAUACAUCAUAUGACCCAGAGCUCUACAGUGUAGAGUCUGCAGUGUUGGAUGUUCCUCGUUUCAGAGGACGAUGCCUUUUUACAAAGAAUGAUUUAUUUUUUUACUUUUAUUUUGUUAGAAGCGAGUUUAGAUUGUCCUUGGCUUGAAAUUGGAUGUAGGAACUAUGUUUAUUGGCUGAAGAUAGGAUGUAGAUAAUGGUUAAAUUGUACGUUAGUUCAAACGUUGCACUUCUCUGUAGCUGGUUACAAAUAUGUGUUUUAGUGGACACAGGGUUUUAUGUUGAUGUAUUGGUCUGUUUUAGCCUUAAUUUCAUUAUCAAUACACAACACUAAUUUUACUAAUACUAACAUAUUAGCAGAAUA